UAAUAUGAUUUGAAUAGGAUGCCAACUUUUAUUUGUGGAAUAACAGAAAUAGAAUAAAAUACAAAUCCAAAAUGUGCGCCAACUGAAACAACAAACAGCAUCGCGAACGCUUACGCGCGAGCAAGGUCACACGGUGCGGAAAUAAUCUGUUGAUCGAGCGGCGUGAAGCGCGGCGCGGCUGAACAACAUGGCGUGUGUACACAACACGUACGUGAUGUGGCGGCCCACAUCGAUCUCCCUGCUUUAGUCGUUUUGUUGGCGCAGUCCCGCGGGAGCCGGCCGGGGGCAUGUGGCGGCGGCAGUGAGGCCGCGCGCCCGGGACCCUCGCGGGAGCCCCACAUGUGAGCGGGGACCGCCGGGACCUCCCACUCGAGAUGGAGCGGUCGUCGCUGGAGGAGAUCGAGGUGCUGGCGCAGUGUGCGUGCUGCAAGUGCGUGUUCGACGAGGAGCGGCCGCCCAAGCUGCUCGCCUGCCACCACCACUUCUGCCUGCGCUGCGUGGGCUCCGUGCUGCGGCGCGGCCGCGACGUGUGCUGCCUGCUGUGCGCGCGCCGCACCGAGCUGUCCGCGCGCCUGCCCACGCACCGGCCCGUGCUGGCGCUGGCCCGCCGCCUGGCGCCGCCCGAGCUGUGCGCCGCGCACGCGCUGCCGCAGCUGUGGUGCGGCGCCUGCGGCCAGCGCGCCUGCCGCGCCUGCGCCGCGCACCGCGCGCACGAGCUGCGGCCGCGCGCCGCGCUGCUGGCCGACGGCCGCGCGCUGCGGGCCGAGCUGCUGCGGGCCGCCGCGCGCCGCCGCGAGCUGCAGCUGCGCGCGCUCGACGCCGCCACCGCGCUCAAGCUGGCGCUCGAGGCCGAGCUGGCCGCGCCGCCGCCGGCCGCGCCGCCCGCGCCCGCCACCCUCGCCGCCGCCGCGGCGCAGUGCAGCCGGCUGCGGGAGCGGAGCGCGGCGGCCGCGCUGCGGGCCCGCCUCGACGACCUCGUGCGGAGCGCCGCCGGCCCCAUCGACGCGCACGUGCUGCGCCGCGCCGGCCUGCCGUGCGACGCGCCGCCGCCCGAGCCCGGCGACCCGCUUCUGCUGCUGGCCAACUACUGCACGGCGCAGCUGUACUGGCGGGGCGCGCUGGCCGCCGACGCGGAUGCGCUGGUCCGCAUCGAGGAAACGCAGGAGGCAGCGGAGGACGCCGCCAGCUCGGCCAGCACCAGCCGCGCGGGCGCGUCGCCCAGCAGCCCGCUGCGGCCGGGCUCGCUGCCGCUCUACUACUUCGAGCUGGAGGUGGACGGCGCCGCGUUCGGGCGCGUGGUGAUCGAGGUGCGCGGCGACGUGGCCCCGCGCAUGGCGCGCAACUUCGACGCGCUGGCCUCGGGCGCGCCGGGCGCCGGCUACCGCGGCUGCGCCGUGUUCCAGUGCUGGGAGAACGAGAGCGUCAUCACGGGCGACUUCGAGCUGAACAACGGGCGCGGCGGGCGCUCGGCGUUCGCGGAGAGCUACUUCAUGCCGGACGACACGCGGCUGGCGGCCGUGCGCGGCGCCGUGGGCAUGCGGCGCUCGCAGAAGCGGCACGACAACCUGGGGCUGGUGGGCUCGCAGUUCCGCAUCGUGCUGCGGGAGAUGCGCGGCUUCACGGCCAUCUUCGCGAGCGUGGUGGAGGGCCUGGAGCUGGUGGACCGGCUGGCGCGCACGGGCGACUCGGCCGGGAAGCCGCACUCCGCCAUCCUCAUCGCCGGCUGCGGCAGGCUCGACUGAGCGCCUUUCGCCUCUACCGCGACCCUCGUAGCUUAUGUUUCCAAUCCGUCGGACCAACCGCGAUCGCGAGUACAACGUGAGAUAUUUUUGUACGUGUAGGGUAUUUUGAAGUAUUUACGCGUAUUUCGGAAGGUCGUCGCCUCGAGCUUGUGCGCGGCGUCCACGGCGGGCGCCCGCAGUUUCUUCGCGAUCUGAUGUUCGUCUCGUAGUAGUGGGCCUACACUCGGUAUUGUACUGUGUCAUUGAUACAUUAAUAUAUUUUCGUUGGAGUGCGGGAGCCGAGGCCGGCCCCGCGUCGUUGCGGCUAGAUAAUAAGUUACAAAUUAUAACGUUUUGAUCGUAUGUGUGUCAAUAUAAAUGUUAAACAUUUUAGAUAUAAUUUAUCGUGUAGUCGGAGGGCCGGCACAGCGGGGUCAUAUAUGUAUAGCGGAGAUAUUUACUCGUACGUAGAUGAAUAUAUUUACAAGCAAACGUUACCUCUCGAAUGGCGCGUCAGGAAGGUUAUGACACGAAUUAUCAAUUCCCGGGGUUUAAGACUGUGAUGAUAAUUAGGUAGCGGAGUCAGUCAGUGCCUGCUUUAUAUCGGAUAUAUUUACUAUUGAACGUUAUCGUCUCUUCGGUCUUGUUAAGUUUAUUUUUCUAUUAGCAAAGUUUAUCGGCGGCGGUCGCUCGGCACAUGAUGUAUUCGUGUUGACUAUAUUCAUAUUAUAUUGUAGCGCGUUUAUUUCUCGAUAUAGUUUAUGGAAGUAGCGAAGUGAAGCGGACCCGGGGCGCGGGCUUGUUAAAUGUUACGUGUGCAGACAUAUAUUAAUGUCCGAAGCGAAUUCGUGAUAAAAUAUAAGUUGAUGGAGCAGCA